AUGGGGAAUAAACAGACCAUCUUCACGGCACAGCAGCUGGAUUCGUAUCAGGAUUGCACAUAUUUUACAAGAAAAGAAAUCCUCAGGCUGUUCUACCGUUAUCGGGAUUUGGCACCGCAGCUUGUUCCUCUUGACUACACCAACCAGCCAGAUGUGAAGUUACCAUAUGAGCUGAUUGGCAGCAUGCCUGAGCUGAAGGACAACCCCUUCCGUCAGAGGAUUGCCGAGGUUUUCUCUGAAGAUGGAGAAGGAAACAUGACACUGGAUGACUUCCUGGACAUGUUCUCCGUCCUGAGUGAGAUGGCACCGCGUGACCUGAAGGCCUACUAUGCUUUUAAGAUCUACGACUUCAACAACGACGACUUCAUCUGCAAGUCGGACUUGGAGAAGACGCUGAACAAACUGACACGAAAUGAGCUGACGGAGGACGAAGUGAGGAUGGUCUGUGAGAAGGUCAUAGACGAGGCCGACCUGGACAAUGACGGACGCCUGUCUCUGGAGGACUUCCAGCACAUGAUUGUCCGGGCUCCAGACUUCCUAAGCACUUUCCACAUCCGCAUAUGA